AUGGAGAAUACUACAAACACUACAACUACUACUACUACUACUACUACUACUCCAUCUCCACAUGUUUAUCAAGUGGUUGUUGGCUGUAUAGCAUUUUUUCUAAUAUUACCAUUUGUUUUAGUUCCUAUUACACGUUAUCCAUUAGGUAGUACAGGAGCUGUCUUAGUUGGUGCUUUUCUUAUGGUUGUUACUACUGUUAUCGAUCAAACACGUGUAUAUACUGUUAUUGGUGAUAUGAAUAAUUUAAAAACAAUAUUUCUUUUAUGUGGUAUGAUGGCAAUUUCAUCAUAUUUCGAACGUGAACGUUUAAUUGAUUUUUUAUUCAAUAAACUCUUUCCACCAGGACUUAAAUUUCAUUGGUGGUUAUUACGUUUAAGUAUUAUUGAUUCAAUUGUUGCUGCUUUAUUUACUAAUGAUGUUGCUUGUGUUAUACUUACACCAUUAAUAUUAAAUAAAUGGAUUGAACAAAAACGAGAUAAAAGUGAAUUAAAUACUUUACUUUUAACUCUGGCUACACAAGCAAAUAUUGGAAGUACUUUGACUAUUUUUGGUAAUCCUCAAAUGGCUUUAAUAGCAUCGAAAUCAAAUGUUUUUGUUGAUACUAAUAGUCGAUUCGAACUUAAAACUUGUGUGGAAUAUUUAUGGAUACCAACAUUUAUUGUUUGGUUACUUAAUUUAAUUUUUCUUUUUACAUAUCAUCAUUUAAUUCAAUGUCGAAGGAAAAAUCGAGCAUUACCAGAAGAUACUUCAAGUAAUAUAAACGUUGUUGAUCAAGAACAGGUAGAAGAAGACGAAGAAGAAGAACAACAACAACAACAAUCGUCAGUCGCUGUUACUACAGAGAUAAAGAAAUUACCUCGAUUUACUGAACGUUUUCGACUUAAACGAUUGGGUAAUAAUACUGAACAGAUAUCAUCUAGAUUAUCAACAACAUCACCAGUUAAAAUCGAUCGAAGUGUUUCAAUUCCUUCAUUUUCUAAUUUUGAUCUUAUAAGUAACGCAGAUGAAAAAGAUUUUCAGCCAUCUGAAUCUCGACUCUUCAAAAGUAUUCUUUUCAUAUUAUUAAUUACUGUUAUUGCAUUAUUAUUUGCAUCAAAUGAUAAAGUUUAUUUUGAUAUUGGUUUGAUUCCAAUCGCUGCAGCUAUCAUAUUAUUUGUUGCGGAUACUCUAAUUAAUCAUCGACCUCCGACAAUAAUUCUAAUGCGUAUUGAUUGGAAUGUUCUUCUUCUCUUUUUUGGUCUCUUUGUUUGGCUUGAUGGACUUAAUUCGACUGGUAUUCCACAUAAAAUAUGGGUAGCACUUAAACUUAAUUCAGCAUCAUUAACCGAUAUAAAAUCACUUUUAAUAUUCUAUAUAUUUACUCUUAUUGGUAGUAAUGUUUUUUCUAAUGUUCCAUUAACUUUAUUAGUUCUUGAACAAGUUCCACCAACAGGUGAUCAUCUUAGUUUAGUCUUAUAUCUUGCUUUUAUUACAACUAUCGCUGGUAAUUUAACUCUAUUUGGUAGUGUUGCAAAUCUGAUUGUUGCUCAAAAAGCUUUAACAAGUUCACUGCAACAUAAAUUUGAUUUUUGGACUUAUCUGAAAUUUGGCUUUCUAACAACGAUUUUAUUAAGUCUUGUUGGAACAUUUAUUAUUUAUGGUUUACUUCGUGUUAUUCAUUAA